AUGAAGUACAGUGCCCUCACACUUCUCCCGGCCCUGGCUGCCGCCUCGCCCGUUCUCCAUGUCGGCACCAUCCACAACGACGCAGCUCCCCUUCUGUCAUCGACAGAGGCCAAGGCUGUGCCAAACCAGUACAUGGUCGUCUUCAAGAAGCACGUCAAGGACACCAAGAAGCACCACGACUGGGUCCAGGGCAUCCACACUAAGAGCCAGAGCGAGCGCAUGGAGCUGCGAAAGCGCUCCCAGUUCCCCGUCACAGAGGGCGUCUUUGACGGCCUCAAGCACACAUACAACAUCGUGGGCGGGUUGACGGGCUACUCGGGUCACUUUGACGACGAGACUAUCGAGGCCAUCCGCAGGCACCCAGAUGUCGACUACAUCGAGCGCGACUCGGAGGUCCACACCAUGGGCGAUGAUGACUACGAGACGGAGAAGAACGCGCCCUGGGGUCUUGCCCGUAUCUCGCACCGCGACUCGCUCAGCUUCGGCACAUGGAACAAGUACCUCUACUCUGCCGAUGGCGGUGAGGGUGUCGAGGUUUACGUCAUCGACACCGGCACCAACGUCAAGCACGUUGACUUCGAGGGUCGCGCCCACUGGGGCAAGACCAUCCCCAACGGCGACGCCGACGAGGAUGGCAACGGCCACGGCACCCACUGCUCCGGCACUGUCGGUGGCAAGAAGUACGGUGUUGCCAAGAAGGCCACCAUCAAGGCCGUCAAGGUCCUCCGCUCCAACGGCUCGGGCACCAUGUCCGACGUCGUCAAGGGCGUCGAGUAUGCUGCUACGUCUCACAUCGACGCCGUCAAGGAGGCCAAGGACGGCAAGAAGAAGGGGUUCAAAGGCAGCGCCGCCAACAUGAGUCUGGGAGGUGGCAAGUCGACGACGCUCGACCUGGCUGUCAACGCCGCCGUCGACGCCGGCAUCCACUUCGCCGUCGCGGCCGGCAACGACAACGCCGACUCGUGCAACUACUCGCCCGCCGCUGCCGAGAACGCCGUCACCGUCGGCGCCUCCACGCUGCUCGACGAGCGUGCCUACUUCUCCAACUACGGCAAGUGCAACGACAUCUUCGCCCCUGGACUCAACAUCCUCUCCACCUGGAUCGGCUCAGAGCACGCAACCAACACCAUCAGUGGAACUUCGAUGGCCAGCCCCCAUAUCGCCGGUCUCCUUGCAUACUACCUGUCGCUCCAGCCCGCCAAGGACUCUGCGUACUCGGUCGCGGACAUCACCCCCAAGAAGCUCAAGGCCAACCUCAUCUCCGUCGCCACUGUUGGCGCUCUGUCUGACGUACCCAGCAACACCAAGAACAUCCUCGCCUGGAACGGUGGAGGUUCGUCCAACGUGACUGAGAUCCUCGAGAAGGGCAGCUACACCGUCAAGAAGGCCGCUGAGGAGAAGGAGUCUGAGUUCACCAUCACCAUCCCUUCCGUCUCUGAGAUCGAGAAGAACAUCGAGACUGAGUACAAGAAGGCCAAGGCUGCUGCUGGUCGCACUGGCGGCAAGCUUGAGAAGCUCGAGUCUGAGAUUGAGGACUUUGUUGCCGAGGAGAUGGAGAGCCUCUUCAACGACUUCAAGGCCCGUGUUGCCCGCGAGUAA